GGCGCGUCGGGAGCCGGGGCCGAGCCGUGGGGGCGCGCGGGGGCUGCAGCUGGGCCUGGUACCCGCAGACCUCCGCAGGGGAGCGCCUCCGUGCAGGCUGCGCCCUAGUCAGCCCGCGCCCGCCUGCGCCAGACGACGUGCCGGACGGACAGCGCGUCCCGCCGGCUGGAGAGCUCGGAAUCCGGAGCGGGAAAAGGUUCGGAAUCCGCAGUUAGCGGCACACUGCACUACCAUGGCUGCAGGAGUUUUGCCUCAGGAUGAACAACCAUAUUCUACUUUGGUGAUUAACAGCGGACAUGCUGCAGACAUGAAAGGAAAUUCAGAACGUCCAACACCAAAGUACACAAAAGUAGGAGAGUGUUUACGGCAUGUCAUUCCUGGACAUGUGGCGUGUUCCAUGGCGUGCGGUGGUAGAGCGUGCAAGUAUGAGAACCCGGCCCGCUGGAGCGAGGGGGAGCAAGCCAUUGAGGGGGUUUACUCCUCCUGGGUCACUGAUAAUAUCCUGGCCAUGGCCCGCCCAUCCUCUGAGCUACUGGAGAAGUACCACAUCAUUGAGCAGUUCCUCAGCCAUGGCAUAAAAACAAUAAUCAACCUGCAGCGCCCUGGUGAGCAUGCUAGCUGUGGGAACCCUCUGGAACAAGAAAGUGGUUUCACAUACCUUCCUGAAGCUUUCAUGGAGGCUGGCAUUUAUUUCUACAAUUUCGGGUGGAAGGAUUAUGGUGUGGCAUCUCUUACCACCAUCCUAGAUAUGGUGAAGGUGAUGACAUUUGCCUUACAGGAAGGAAAACUAGCUGUCCAUUGUCAUGCAGGGCUUGGUCGAACAGGUGUUUUAAUAGCCUGUUACUUAGUUUUUGCAACCAGAAUGACUGCUGACCAAGCAAUUAUAUUUGUGCGGGCAAAGCGACCCAAUUCCAUACAAACCAGAGGACAGCUACUCUGUAUAAGGGAAUUUACUCAGUUUCUGACCCCUCUCCGCAACAUAUUCUCUUGUUGUGAUCCCAAAGCUCAUGCUGUCACUUUAGCUCAAUAUCUAAUUCGCCAGCGUCAUCUACUUCAUGGUUAUGAGGCACGACUUCUGAAACAUGUGCCAAAAAUUAUCUACCUCAUUUGCAAAUUGCUGCUGGACUUAGCUGAAAACAGACCAGUGGUAAUGAAGGAUGUGUUUGAAGGACCUGGUCUCUCUGCUGAAAUUGAAAAGACCAUGUCUGAGAUGGUCACAAUGCAGAUGGACAAAGAGUUACUGAGGCACGACAGUGAUGCAUCCGACCCGAUUAACCCCACUGCAGUGGUGGCAGAUUUUGAGAAUCAGGAUGUGAUUCUUUCCAGUGAGCAAGAGUUUGACCCCCUUUGGAAGAGGCGGAAUGUUGAGUGCCUUCAACCCCUGACUCGUCUGAAAAAGUGUCUCAGCUACAGUGACUCAGAUUUAAAGAGGGCUGAGUCCCUCCUGGAACAAGGGGAGACCCCACAGACGGUGCCUGCCCAGGUCUUGCUUUGCCGCAACCCCAGGCAGCAGAAGCCUGUUAGCCAUUGUUACGUCCCACAGUCUCCAGGACUAGAUUUACACAAAGAAGAUUUACACAAGGAAGAUAAUGGAUCCUCACUUUUCCACAUGAGUAACAUUCCAAAGGAAGCACAGCAGGGUAGAGCUUUCUCUGAAGGUGUUUCAGGCUCACACAGCCCGGGGGAAGCAGUUUCACCCAACUUUCCAAAUGCCCGUAAGGAUCUAAACCCUUCUCACCAGCAAGUAGCCCACCGUCAGUGUGAAACUCAUGGUGAUUGGGGCCCUGGCUCUGUCAAGGAGGACAGCGGGACUCACCGAAGCCCUCUGGACUGUGGCUCCAGUCCCAAAGCACAGCUGUUAGCUGGACAUGAAACCCAGGACAACAAAGAUCUGUCUGAAGCAACUCCACACUCUGCUUUCCUGUCUGGAUUGAGUGUGGAAGCAAGGAGAAUACUGGCAGCCAAAGCCCUGGCAAAUUUAAAUGAGUUUGCAGAAAAGGAGGAAGUGAAAAGGAAGGUAGAAAUGUGGCAGAAAGAACUAAAUUCCCGAGAUGGAGCUUGGGAAAGAAUAUGUGGCGAGAGGGACCCUUUUGUCCUGUGCAGUUUGAUGUGGUCUUGGGUGGAGCAACUGAAGGAACCCGUAAUCACCAAGGAAGAUGUGGACAUGUUGGUUGACAGACAGGCAGAUGCCACAGAAGCACUGUUUUGGUUAGAGAAGGGAAAACACCAGACUAUUCUCUGUGUGUUACAUUGCAUCGUGAGCCUGCAGAUGGUUCCCGUGGACGUGGAGGAAGCUUUCCUUGUUCAUGCCAUUAAAGCUUUCACUAAGGUUAAUUUUGAUUCUGAAAACGGACCAAUAGUUUAUAGCACUCUGAAGAAAAUAUUUAAGCACGCUCUGGAAGAAAAAAGAAAAAUGACAAAAGACGGUCCUAAGCCUGGCCUCUAGUGAAACUGAUUUUCCCUCAUGAUGACUAUUUCCGACCUAAAUGUCCAGUUCAUAUGUGAAGAAAUUGAAGUUUGUGGAGCUACCUUCUACCAUAGCACUUUACUUUGAAUGCUGUUAUUUGUGCUGACAACGAUCGUUCCUUGUUGGAGCAGUUAUUUAAAGUAUCCUUGAGCUACAUUUUUGUUUUGGAAAAUUGCCAUAAAGUUGGUGCCACUUUCUUUUAUUUAUUUGACUGAAUUUAUAUUGUUGUAUUAACAUGUUAAAUGUGUGGUGUUUAUAUUCUUAUUCUUUUUGACGUUUUGGAGAAAGUUGUAACUCGUCUUUCCAAAACAACCAUUUUCUUGACAGAACUCUUCCUGGAGUUUUUACCAAAUAGAUAAUUUCAGUAGUAAAACCUCACUGUGUAUCCAUCCCCCUGACACAUGACCUAAGAAAGUCACCAAGUGUCUUAAACUGUUUUAUAUUUGUUACUAAGAAGGCUACUAAGAAGGAUACAAUUUUUUAAAGGAUUUUUUAAAAACUUCCUUUGAAAUUAUUUGUUUUUCCUUUUCAUCUUACAAAUGUGACCAAGGGUUUCGAAGUGUGUUAUUUUUCAGAGUGAUUUAGUUUUACUUUAACGGAGUGACUGCGAAGUGGUUGGGAUUUUUUACUUGUAGUAAGUAGACUUGCUCUUUGUCAGGCUUCCAGACAACUUCGCCAGCCUUGGCUGUCACGAGGAGGCAGGAGCAGUUUUCAACACACCAAGCCUUAUUCCCACUCCCUCGGGCUGCUGCUGAGCUAAACAGCGUCUUUACAAAGGCAGUGGAUCAGAGGCGGGCAGUGUGGGAAGUUGCUAAGAAGCAGGACUUGCCUCUGUUUUCCCAGGGACUCCACAGGGACAGUCCUGCGGGGGCCAGGGCUCUGUGCCAGCCUGCUUUAUCAGGGUGCUGUAGCACUCUGCAGAGGCAACUGUUGGAGCUGGAAGAAGUCAGGGCCGGGCCACUGCUCGCGCUGAUGGUGUAUUAGCAUGAGCAGACUGGCCCCGGCCCGCACUCCCAAAUCUGCCACUGCAAAGACCCAGUUGCCUCAGGGUUCUAUCCUUUGCUGCUCUUUUACCAUGAGAAUUAAAAUUUUUAAACUGAAUUUGACCCUAUGCAGGUUACUUUCACCCUAACUGGCAUCAGAUAAGGAAAGGUGUCUACCUAAACUGGUUCGUUAUAGACCAAACUGUCAAUCAGCAAUUGAAGCCAUGACUUUUGUUUAAUUUAAUAUGUGGUGAUAUAAGAGGCCAUUGAAUGGACAGGAUGGUAGUUUUUCCCAAUAAAAGUGAUACUAAUCAGACGAAUUUCAAACUGAAGAAGCUACUAUUAAUACUUAAUCUUAAAGAUGGAAUUUCAGGGGAAACAAGAAUAAUUUAGAACAAAUAAAAUUUCUCCAACUCCUACAUUUCUGAAUUAAGAUGUAGCACAUCAAAAAUAUUUUAGUCAUUAUCAGUCUAACUAACUCUAAUGGCAAAUGCUAAAUGCAGUGUUCUUCCACACUGUUUGAAUUUUCUUGGGAAAUCAAAUCCAAGUUGAUGAACUGGGUUGCCCACUCCUGAAAUGUCUUAUUUUCAAGUGCCUGGCCUGGGAAAGAAGGGAGGAAACAGUUCCAUUUCAUCCAAAGGUACAUUAUACAAAUAGGGUUUUUACCCCCCCAAAAAAGUUUGUUCUCAGUCAGCCUCACAUAGGCAAGUGACGUGACAGCUUUUGACAAGCCAGCUGUUUGUUUGCCUAUGCGUCUGAAACACUUGUUUCAAAUUAGGGAACAGUCAUGAUGUGACCACAGGACUGCAUGUCUAAAAAUCUAACCACAUGAGCCUGAAAAAGAGAUAAGACAGGGGAAAUGAAUCAGGCUAUGUGCAAGUAUUGUAUUUAUUUGAAUAAAAGUGAA